UUCAGAUUUGUUUUUGAUCAAGUUUUUGGUCUUAUGUAAAUUUAAAUUUUUUGAAAUGUUGUCCAGACAUUAUUUUAAAGUUUCCAGUUCUCUUAGAUCAAUAGUUACUUUAAAAAUUCCACUUAAUACAAUAAUAAAUAAACCUCUAUUUUGCAGUUGCAACAUCAAAUCUAGCAGAUGUCUGAGUGCUAAUAAGGGCCCAGGACGGAAAACUCAAUUUCCCAGUGAAUUCUCCAAAAGCAGAAAUGUAAUCAACAAUUCUAUGAAUUCUGAAGAGCUUUUGGAGAAGCUUAUAUCUGGGUUGUCAUCAGAUAUUCAUCAGAAAAAUCGUGUUUAUAAAAAUGAUUUAUUAAGAGUUAUUGAUAAGAUUAAAGAAACAAAAUUCUCAACUAAAAAGCAAGAUUUACUAUUAAUUAGAUGCUGCUCUGAAUUAUUGCCAGAUGAAGCACCAUCAUCAAGAAACUUAUUGCUAGAAGAGGUUUGGAACACUAUAAAAUCACAUGCCAAGUUUGAUGUUGAUUAUUAUAAUGAACUUCUCAAGGUUUAUAAAGAAAAUAAGCGUCCACUCAAAGCCAGCAGUUUUAUUCAGCAGAUGUUACCUGUCAAACCAAACUCCACUACUUUUGAACUUUUGUUGAAAGUUAUAGCUGAGUUUGGGGAUGUCAAUCAAGCAACUGAAGUAGUUUUAAACAUGAAGUCAUUGGGAAUGCCUGCAACUGAAGAUACCUUCAACUCCCUUAUCAUAUGCUAUGGUAAAGGAGGAAAACUUGAUAGCAUAGAAGAAGUAAUAACAAUGAUGAAUUCGUUAAAGAUUGAAAACUCAGUGGACACAUAUACGGCUACUGCAUGUGUUUAUGCAUGUAAUAAUAAAAACAGCUUAUUACUUGAAGAAUUAGAUAAGGCUCGUCAGGCAGGUGUACAGUUUGGAGAGUCUCAUAUCAUGACUAUUGUUAAAAAUGCAGCAUUUAGUAAUAAUUAUGAACCAAUUCCAACAAUAUUGAAAUACUUACCAGAACAAAUACUAAAGUCUCCAUCGAUAUCUCCAUACAUGCAAAGUGUAUCCACACUAUUGGUGUUUCAAAAUCAUCCCGUCGUUGCACUUGAGAUCUAUAAGUGUUUGCCGUUGCCUUCAUUUGGUCCUAAAGAUGAUAAGGGUCUGCAUGGAAGAAGUUUGGUUAGAGAUUGUGUCAAAGCAUCUAUGCCUUCUAGUGUUAUAGGCCUUAUAACCCAAUAUCUGAUGGCAAGCGGUAGAAAUCCGAUAGCGCUGCAGAAUGCUUGUGAGUGUGCCUUACAACAGGGCAAGGUCGCGUUGGCUUUGGAUUUGUUCACGCGAAUGAAGCAGCUGGGAAUGCCACUUAGACCUCAUUACUUCUGGCCAAUAUUUCUACAUACAUCUAAAACUUAUGGAGAGAAAGGUAUAAUUAACACAUUAUCGACAAUGGUAUCAAUGGAUGUUAAGCCUGACCAUGAGACAAUUAUGGAGUACAUAUUACCACACGUGAGCUUCACUUCACCACAGAAUUUGAUGAAGAAGUUUCUGGAAACCGGCCUCACUGUCAGCACUGUGCUAACUCCAAUGAUGGAAACCCUAUUAAAUGGUGGCCAACUGCGAGCUGCAAGUGAGAUAUGUGAACUAUUCGAAGGCAAAGUUGAUGUGGAACUUUUACUUAAUCCAUUGGUAAAAGGUUACUUUAUGAGUAAUGAUAUGAAAUCUCUGGUACACAUACUACAGGAUAUGAACGCCAAAGCUUUGGACAAGAGUAAAGAUUGGACGGGCAGGUUCCUCUCCAAGGUGGUGAGGAGUAAGAGAUCACAGAAUGAUAUGAGUGAUCUGUUCAACAUUGCUAAAGCUUUAAUGUCCACAAAUCUAAAGAUAUCAACAACCGCAUCAGAUAUCUGCAUGGCCAAGAUACCAGACGGCUACAAGAACAGCGACGCAUUGCGGGAAGCUCUCGUCGCGAUAACGGACGAGCGAUUGAUAGAGGAGGGUGAAAUGUACGUGCCACAGAUGCCGCAUCCGAAACAAAUGAACGAGGGAUCACUGCGGGCUCAUUUGAAUGAACUAGAAGCUAAAGGCAUGAAUACACGAGGCGUCCUACGUAAACUCUUGCAGCAAUACUGCCGAGAGAAUAACCUGCAAGGUGCGAGGGAGAUUGUAGAGAAGUGUGAGAAAGAGGGGGUAUAUAUAUCAGCGGGCAUGAAAGCUGCCAUCUUCGAUCUACAUGUGAAGCUUGGCGAGUUGGACUUGGCCGAGUUAACUCUCUCUGACCUGAACAAGAACACACCAGGGUUCGUCCUCGACGAGUACAAAAUUAUCGAUUUUGCAACUCUUAUGGUGUACAGGAACAAAGUGGAUCGCGCUUUCAAUUUGAUCGAGGAGCAGUCUAAGAGAAGACGUAUAAUGGGCGGUAACAGUAUAUCGAUGAACUGCUGGCGACUUUUGGACGCGGUGUCGGCGCAGGGUACGCCCGAGGACGCGCGUCGCAUGCUCGAGACACUGCUGGCACAUAACUACUGCAAGCCCACCAACGUAAUGCUGGGGCCUCUUGUCAGAGCCUAUCUUAAAACAGAGAAUUACCAAGAAGCAGUGGAUGAGUUUGUGCGCCUCUCGCAGCUGUACAAGAAGACGCCCCUAAAACACGAGCUGCUGUGCAGAAUAAUGAAGGUUCUUGGAGAAGGCAAGGGAGAGGAGACGUUCCUUCUUAACGAGAAGGUCAUCGAGAAGUACAGCAAGAUGGUGCAGACCAUCCUCAACGUGUGCAAAAAGGUGCACGGGAAUAGCGACAUGCAGCUCUCGCUGAUAGCCGCUCUAGCCGACGUCGGAUACAGGAAGACCCUCCGCAAGCAGUUUCUGGAGCCACAAACCAAGAUCCACCCGGAAGCGCUGUUGCGCUACUGUGAGCGGUUCGCCGACGAGAAGAAUCUCGACGCCCUCGAAGCCAUCGCGGAAUGUUCCAGAGGCCUGCGCUAUAUCGACCCCGAGGAGAUCUAUUGUCUGAUCCUCAAUGUAUAUCAACGUGACGACAACUGGAAGGACGCUUUGGCUCUAUGGGACCGAAUGCAAGAAGCUGAAAUAGUUCCUUCACAAAAGUUUAUACGGAACAUCUGUGCUUUGUGUGAGGCUAACAAGAAACCCGUGCCAGCCGAACUAAGCUUACUAUUAAACAAAUACUCAAAAUCCGCCUCUAAUUAAUAAAUGAUAUUUGUUUAGUUGCGUUCUUUCAUGGCCUUUGUAUUUUAGAAUCUACAGAUUACAUUUCAGAUGUCUUUUAAAUUAUGGGUUAUUCAUAAACUGGCAAUGUUCAAUGUGACUGCUAGUGUGAUUAAAAUUUGUUGUAUCUGUGAUAUUUUUGUAAAUAUAAUAAUAUGUUUUAAUGUUAA